AUGGAUUCGCAGGGGAGCCAGGGCUCGCAGGACAGCACCCUGACCAUCACAGACGAGAACAGGAGCGAGAUUCUCUACUUUGCCUACGGAAGCAACUUAUCGACGGAGCAGAUGCGGCAGCGAUGUCCCUAUUCUACAGCCGUCGGGUUGGGGAAGAUUACGGGAUGGAGGUGGAUCAUCAACGCGAGGGGAUAUGCAAACAUUGUGAGGGAGGGAGGAUAUGAGGACUUUGACAUGGAAGGAGAAGAAGUUGACGAUGAGAAAAUUAAACUACGGGGGGAAAGCAGGACAAAGGAUGAAGGCGAAGCAAAAGAGAGCCACGUCUACGGCAUGCUCUAUCUCCUACCGGUAGAAGACGAGGAGCGCCUAGACCGAUACGAGGGCGUCCCGUGGGCCUACGAAAAGCUCCAUCUCGAAGCCUCGUGGGUGAGCAACACGGACAGGCUCAAUCGGGGCCAGGACGGGGAGCAAGCAGCGGAAGUAGAGGAGGAACUGACACCCGUCAAGGUGCUGGCGUACGUCGACAGGCAGCGCGUGACGGAGGCGAGGCCGAAGGAGGAGUACGUGGGGAGGAUGGAGAGGGGGAUUGAGGAUGCGGUGGAGAAUUGGGGGAUGAGCGAGGAGUAUGCGGAUCGGGUGAUGAGGCGGUUUUGGGUGGAUGGGGGGUAAUUUUGGCAUGUUUUAUUUGCUUUUUGCUUUUUGGUGGUGAUGGGAGAUGAUGGUUUUAUGGGAUGAUGUGGUGGUGAGAGUUGAUGAUAUGUGAGGAAUUCGUUGGGUUGCGGAUCAAGGGUUGUUUAUGCUUAGCAUCUCCACUACUUUUACAAUAUAUAUAAGCUCAGAGUUAAAAAAAAAAAAAGAAAAGAAUAGAUAUC